AUGGCGACUUCAAUUCUCACUCCUGCUCCAUCACCCCUCCGUCUAAGCCCCAAACCACUUACUCCGGACUCCUUCGCACCCUUCGGCUCCGCGAUCAUCUCGCCGCUUCCCCAUGAUCUCGUCAGUCCUCCUUCGCUUUCUUCUCUCCAGCAACAGCAUGGGACACCCACACCUGUGCUAGCAAAUCAAUCCACUGCUAUCAAAUACAGCCCCGUUUCUCCGUUGCAAAAUGAGUAUUCGGGUUCUCCCAGUGGGCAGCCCUCAUCCGCACGGAUGAGUAUGUUUUGCUGUUUUCCGCGGGAAUUGCGACACACCUCGAAUGCGGCUCUCUUCGAUGUCAGAAUCCUAGAGAGACACCCUUACACCACUCAGACGUUCACGCCCCUCAAUUCUGUUGGUGAAGACCAACAUAUUGCCAAUGAACCGCUUUACCUCGUUAUCGUCGCUCCGACUCUCAAAGGUCAGACCGCAGCCGCUAUUGUCAAAAACCCAACGACUAGGAUCGCAGAGUCAGUCACUAUAACGGACCCCCCGGAUCUCAGCAAAGUCAAGGCGUUCGUUGCUCGUCGUGGACAGGCGGUGACGUAUGGGGCUGGGACGUGGCACGCCCCGAUGGUGGUGUUGGGAAAGAGACGGGUGGAUUUUGUGGUUGUGCAGUUUGCGAAUGGGGUUGCGGAGGAGGAUUGCCAGGAAGUGGCUUUUGAAGAGGGUAUUGAGGUGGAGGUGGACAGCAAUGAGGGCAAUAGAUUGGAGAAGCUAUAA